GUUCUAGCCCAGGGAGCGCGCUUUAUGUAAGGGGAGGGUGACGUGCGUGACGUAGCGUGCGUGGCGCCCUGCACGCACUCUUGUCUGCCAGCCUCUUGCUAUCCCCUGUCCUCGAGCGAUGCGCUCGCGCUCACUAGCCGGCUCUGGCGCCACGGUCUCCCCCCGGCUCCCUAGGAACCCGCGCGCCGUUGCCAUUGGAGACGCGCAGCCUCGUGCCGGUGGACUCGGGCGCGGACUGAUGACGCGCUGCCCCCUCCCUCUGCCGGCGGCCCGGGGCUGAGAAGUCGCUCCGGUUGUCGGUGCGCCCCGGCCGGUCAGUGUGUGUGUGAGAGUCCCCGCGGCCGAGCUGUCCUCCUCCUCCUCCUCCGCACCCCGGAGCCAUGUUGCGGGUCCUGUCCGCCGAGUCUCAGGUAAAGCUGCCCGCGGUGCGAGUCUGUCUGUCUGUCUGCCGGGAGCUCCCCCUCUCUCUCUCUCUCACUGCGCCCACACACAGCCCGGCCUCGGACACCUCCCCCCUCCUCCCCGGGCCCCCCCGGGACCCAGCCCGCUCCGGGGGACAAUGGCACUGACUGGGCUCCCCGCCGCCUGUGCCACCUGCCCCGGGCCGCGACACGGACUGAGCCCCGGCCUGGGCUGCCGCAGGGCAGGUGUCAGGGGAGGUGGGGGCCCGGGCUGUGUGCUGGGAGAGGCUCUGGGGGGCCCAGUAUGGGGGGAGAGGGGCCGGGGAGCGGGGCCCCUGUGUGCGUGCUGAGUGCGCAAUGUCCAUGGCGGGCUGGGAGCGCAUGAUCAGCUCUCACCCAGGGAGAGCCCACUGUAACCCCCCUUCCCCCCAGGAGAGAGCCCACUGUAACCCCCAGGGAGAAACCACUGCACCCCCAGGGAGAGCCCACUGUAACCCCCAGGGAGAGCCCACUGUAACCCCCGAGAGCCCCCUGUAAUGUAACCCUCCCCCGGGACAUUCUCCCCUGUAAUGUAUCCCUCCCCCGGAGAGCCCCAGUCGUAUCCCCCCUCCCCGGGAGAGCCCCCAAUGUAACCCCCGGGAGAGCCCCUGUACGUAACCCUCCCCGGAGAGCCCCUGUAAUGUAACCUCCCUCCCUCGAGAGCCCCCGUAAUAACCACUGAGCCCCCUGCACAACCCCCGGAGCCCCCUGUAAUGUAACCCUCCGAGAGCCCCUGUAAUGUAAUAACCCCCGGAGCCCCUGUAACCCCCGGGAGAGCUCCCUGUAAUGUAACUCCCGAGAAAGCCCCCUGUGGACGUAACCCCCGGGGAGAGCCCCCUGUAAUGUAUCCCCCCCGGACUGCCACCCUGGGGGGCAUGAUCGGCUCUCACCCAGGACUGCCACCCUGGGGGGCAUGAUCGGCUCUCACCCAGGAGAGCCCACUGUAACCAUCCAGGACUGCCAACCUGGGGGGCAUGAUUGGCUCUCACCCAGGAGAGCCCGCUGUAACCAUCCAGGACUGCCACCCUGGGGGGCAUGAUCGGCUCUCACCCAGGAGAGCCCCCUGUAACCACCCAGGACUGCCACCCUGGGGGGGCAUGAUCGUCUCUCACCCAGGGAGAGCCCACUGUAACCACCCAGGACUGCCACCCUGGGGGGCAUGAUAGGCUCUCAUCCAGGGGCAGCCCCCUGUAACCAUCCAGGGGCAGCCCCCUGUAACCAUCCAGGGGCAGCCCCCUGUAACCAUCCAGGGGCAGCCCCCUGUAACCAUCCAGGGGGGGCAUGAUCAGCUGUCACCCAGGAGAGCCCACUGUAACCAUCCAGGGUUUCCACCCAGGGGGACAUGAUCAGCUCUCACCAAGGAAAACCCACUGUAACCAUCCAGGGCUGGGAGGGAGGGGGGCUGCCACCCUUGGGGAGCAUGAUCAGCUCUCACCAAGGAGAGCCCACUGUAACCAUCCAGGACUGCCACCCUGGGGGAGCAUGAUCAGCUCUCACCAAGGAGAGCCCACUGUAACCAUCCAGGGUUGGGAGCCCACUGUAACCAUCCAGGGAUGCCACCCAGGGGGGGCAUGAUCAGCUCUCACCAAGGAGAGCCCUCUGUAACCAUCCAGGGUUGGAAGCCCACUGUAACCAUCCAGGGCUGCCACCCAGGGGGGCAUGAUCAGCUCUCACCAAGGAAAACCCACUGUAACCAUCCAGGGCUGGGAGGGAGGGGGGCUGCCACCCUGGGGGAGCAUGAUAAGCUCUCACCAAGGAGAGCCCACUGCCACCAUCCAGGACUGCCACCUUGGGGGAGCAUGAUGAGCUCUCACCAAGGAGAGCCCACUGUAACCACCAAGGGGGGAGCAUGAUCAGCUCUCUAUCCUCACCAAGGACAACCAACUGUAACCAUCCAGGGCUGGGAGGGAGGGGGGCUACCACCCUUGGAGAAUAAUGGGUCUCAGAACAUUAAUUCAUGGGGGGUGGGGGGAGUAGGAUUCAAAAUUGUGAUUUUGGUUCUUUUGAGAUUUAUGAAACAUUGUAACACAUAAUUUUUGUUUUUAAACGUGGUAACAUGAUAGACAUGCAACAUAGUAUUGAAAGUUUCUUUAUGGAGCAAAAUAUGCAGGUGCUGUAAACUCAUUAGCCGACAGGCGCUUUGGAUCAAAAGGAUUUAUUUUUUCUUACAACUGUUAUAAGUGCAGACUUGGCAUGUGUGUCUGAACCAUUCCUGUUUUAACAGUUUUUUUUUUUUCCUUGUUUUUUUUUUAAUUGUUAGUACUAUAGUUACAGCAGGUGCACUUGUAUUAAAUCUCCAUUAAAGAGACAUUGUAUUGUACAAACUUGAACCUGUUCUGUCCACACGUAACACACAGCCUAUUUUAUCUUAAUUUGAUUAUCAGUUUUAGUUUAGCAUACCGUCAAAGUUUUCAUGAUUAUUUGGAUAGUCACACAUUGAUGCUUGAGUGUUGUGACAUUUUGUGCAUAUAAUUGCUAUGAGAGCAUCCCUUGCAGAGAAAUACAUUCAUGGGUCUGUGUGACCCAUGCAUCAAAAUGACAAAUCCAUGGUUUUUGGUUUCAGUGUCAGUCUUUGAUUCUUGUAACUGCUGAUCUUCUUGAAUCAUAUCUGGUAGUAGUAUUGUAGGCAUCAUAGCUAAAUUGAUUUUUAACAAAUGGAUAAGGUUUAAUUUCCUAGAUUUAGUAUUGAGCUUGUAUAUUUAUGGAACCAACUGCAAAUAUGCACACGAUUCACUCAUCUGUAGUCUUUACAUGCAUUUUUCUUCCCACAAUGCAUCCAGUGUGGCAUCCAUAUUGAAGGACAAAGCAAAUUUGUCUAGUGGGUGCACACAUUUAGCAGCUUCCAAUGCAAAGUGUGUGCAAUAUGCGGAUGAAAGGUCCUUGACUUGUGCAUGUCCUCUGUACAGUUCUUAGUGAUGUAGAUUACAAAUGGAUUAGAGUAUAUAAAGGGAAUGCAAUAUUUUAAUGCAAAACUAUUCUGACUACACUCUGCAGAGUACUACAUUUGCAUUGUGUUCAUUUGUAUCCAAAAAGAUUUUGAUAUGUAAUCAAACCUUUUUCAUUUAAUGAAUGAAGAGGAAAUAUCUAUUGUUAAUUGGGUCGAAAUACCAUUGGUACGUCUGAGACGUUAUAAUCUGAGUUUUUCUAAUAUUUUAUGCCUUGUAUUGUACAACAUUACUGGCAUCAAGAUAAAUGCGGUCUAAGAAUAAUCACGAAUGGUGGCAUUUUUAAAUGGGCACAACUCUGGUAUUCCAGUGUUUUGUGGGUGUCACCUGGUCUGUAUUCCAUCUUCCAGCCAACUUUGUUAUUAAUUAGACCAUUAGAUAUAAAAAAGGAUAGUCAAUCAUCCUUUCUCCAACAUGCUUCAAAGUUUCAGUGCCUAAGUAGCUAUGUUUUAAGUACAUUUGAUAUAAAUAAUAAAUGUUCACACUUUUUGCUUUGUAUCGCUUAAUAUAAUACACUUCUACAUUCUAGAAGACUUUCAACUUACUACACAAUGCAUCACAUUCACCCAACUUGCUGACAGUGUAUAUUCGCAACGGUAGCUGAAGUUCCUUUUAUUUGGGAGUGGAAGCUGGACAGUUUAAAAGGAUUGCACCAAGGCUGCAGGUGCAAAAGGGUCAGGUUUAUGUUUGCAGCAUCCAACCACCACCAUUUGCUACAAUUUUUUGCAACUGUGUGCAAGAUGAGGACUGCUCUGUUUUUAACCUAUCAAUGCCCUUUACAUCCUGGUGUUUGGAGCAUCCCUAGAAACCAAGUACCAAUGUGCAGUUAAAAGCCGCCAAAGCCCAUGUACAAUGUAAUGUAUCCCUUGAAUACAAAACAUUGUUAAAAAAAAUAAUGCAAAACUUUCUAAAUGUUUAUGCAAUUUAUUUUUGCUUCUAUAUUCAGUUUCAUUGCAUGAAAGAAUACUGAAUCUCUAUUAUUGAGAUUCCAAUUCUAAAUUACAUCCAAAUCUACCAUUUUCCCUUAAUUUUCUUUUUUACAAAGUUAUUUUUUUAUUUUAUUUUUUAUUUAAUUAAUGAAAACUGUUUGAAAAGAAUGUGCACAUAACUACUGGAACUUUCUAUAAUCAUUGCAAAUAAACAGUCUGUUAUUGAUUGAGAGCAGAGAAAGCUUAAUUUAUUGUACCUGAAGAAAAACCUGUGUCUUUGCCAAUCAACUUUUUCUGAAUUGUAAACUCUUGUAACUUGUUAAAUUGGAAUUUUGUUUAACAAAUGCCAUUGAAUAUUUGUUUUGUGUAAAAUUGUCAAACCAUGAAUGUGACACAGGUCUGUUAACUUUGUCCUAGGCAACUAAUGAUGGGCAAGAGGCCCCUGUUUAUCCACUGGGAAAUUAUAAAACAAAAAAAAAAAAAAUUUUUUUUUUUUUUACAAGUUGAUUUUCCUGUCACUAUUGCUGUGAAGACACAAUUACGUUUUCCUGUCCCCUCCCCCCGCACCGCCCUCUCACCCAAAGCAAUUUUUGGAUUUUACUCCUUUUUAUUCCAGCGCCAAGCCAGUCAGUCAAGGAUGGCUCCGACCCCCUAGACUGAGAUCAUCAAAAUUGACUAUCUCAGCCAAUCCAAAACGCGGCGCCAUUCAGCAUCUCCUCAUAGAUAUGCAUUGAAUCAGUGGCAAUCAAUUGGGAAUCUUCAAUGGUGUUACUAGACCGUAAUGUAAACACAGUGUUUUCUCUGAAAAGGCAGUGUUUCAAUUAAAAUGUCUGCAGGUACAUACCAUACACAGCAGAACUACAUUAAGCUGCAGUUGUUCUGGUGACCAUAGUGUCCCUUUAAAUGUUUCAAAGUGUUAUUUCUUUGCAUUUUGCCAGAUUUCCUUUUCGUUAGCUGCAAAUUUCUUCCCAUCUCAAUACUAUCUUGGAAAACACUACUGAACAGUACAUAUUUUCUGGUGGAUUUUAAAAGGCAUAUACUUUUUUUUUUUUUAUUGUCCUAGUACCCAAAGAGAAAAUAUGAUGCCAUGAUAUAGAAUAGCUCAGUUCUGUGCCAAAUAUUCUUUUCACCUUCUGUUCGUGGUGUUUAUGUAAAUAUACUUUUAUCUUCCAGUCUUUCGCAGCAAGUAUAGUAAAUACUGGCUUUACCUUAAAUUAAACCAUGGAAAAAAAUAUCAGUACACUUCGGAAGACACACUUUUUGCGCAAUAAGGUAUUAUACAAACUUAUGUGUGUAUAGAUGUGUUCUUAAAUGCAUCCCCUGCAUGUGAUCUCUUUAAAAAAAAAAAAAAAAAGCAUGUGUGUUUUUGAAGUGUUUGUAUUGGUGAAUUUUGACUUGUAUUUAUUUAAUUUUGUUUGUUUGUUUGUUAAUCACCAGUAUGUUUGUUUUUAGCAGAGCAAAAAUGAAACGGAUACUCAAGAAGCAAAGUUGGCUCCUACACAGAAAAUGUAUUUAAGGGACAAGUAUUGCCAGACCGAUCAUCAUCACCAUGGUUGCUGUGAACCACGUCAGUGUCUUUUUUUUUUUUUAAAUAUAUUUCUUUGCCAUCCAAAAAAAUAAGCAUUUGUAACCUCAGGGGUAGCAGUGCUGAUAUUGUGUAGUCACCCUUUUCUGCAUAGGUGAAGACAAAAGCUUGAAUAGCAAAAUAGUCAAGUAGGCAGUAAUGUUGAAGACACCCUUCAGUUAUAAACCUAGUUUGUGUUUUUUUUUUUUUUUAACCUUCAUGUGGUAGAAGAGCAGGGCAGCAGACCUCUUCCUCAUAUUAUCUGUUUAAACAUUGUAGAUUCUCUACGUGUAUCCAAUUUUUUUUUUUUUUUUACUAUUGCAGUGUUUUCUGAGUAUAGGCAUCUAAACAGCCUACUGUAGUGGUAACGGUGCCAGUAGUCUCCUGUUGCCAUCCAUUGGAAAUGUUGUUUUUUGUUGUUUGUUUUUGUCCUGCACGAUCUGGAAUUUAAAAAAACAUCUCCGCCCUCCUUGCCCCCCCCCCCAAACUCUUUACCCGAAUAACCUAAGAAAUCUUAUUUGAGAAACUGGUGCAAAUUGCUUCUUGUGUUACUGCUAUUCUUAGAGAAUAUUCUUGUUUUGCAUGCAGUCAAUGGUGCAGGUGGUUUCCUGUUGUGAGUUUCUAAUGCUGUGGUUUCCAUAUUUACUACUGGUUAUUUUCUGGCACGAUCAUGAUAACUGUGUAUUGUGUCCUGUAGAAGCAUAAAGCCUGACGUUAACUAGAACAUAACAAUACACUGUUCUGAACGAUUACCAUGCAUCAUGGAAUGAAAGCAACAAGUUUGUUCCGAAACGGAUUUAGUUCCAUUGUGCACUAUAUAAAGUAUGGCUUAUUAUGGGUUGCAUGCCUAUGGUUUCCAUAUUUCUUCUUAUGUACAUUUUUGCCAAUUUUAAUUACCUUUCUGUACUGGUUUCAUAUGACAAGUUUUACUGAGCAGUUUUCAAAUUGCUGUUGGGAAAUUCUCCCCACCACCAAUAAAUAAAUAAUAAUAAUAAAAAAAUAUAUAUAUACUUGCUGACAUUACUAACCUCUAAUGGAAAUGGUCAUCAUAAUAAGAAAUGUCUCUGUGAGCACUUUGGGCACUGGAACAUUUAAUUUCAAUGAAGCUGUGGGGCUCGGAUGUCUAGGGUGACAUCUUGCCAUAAAGAUUUCAACCAUUUACAAAUUUUUCACUCUGAAGUCUUGAAGACAGCUCAUGCCCCGCUUUGCCCCUUGGCUUCGAUGAGGAAACCUUGGACUGAGAGACACACUCAUCCUGUCACGAACUUCCCAUUUAAUACUGUUGUGAGCAGGGUACAAAUUUUCCUCAUAUUCUUUAAAUUUAUCUAAGAAAUGGAACAAAGUGUGUUGAGGGGAGGGGUUAGGGGAAGGCUAUUUCAUUUUUUGUUUGUAAUAAGCAGUAGAAAUCUAUUUUACUUUAUUUUUUAUUUUAUUCUUAAUCUUUCCAGUUCCAUUGUUGGAGCCUGGCGACCCUCCUCUAUUACAACAACCUGUGCAAACUGCAAAGUCUGGUAUCCUACAAAUUAUUGAAUGUUUCCGAUCAGGUAUGAUUUUUCCUUUUGUUCUCUCCUUUUUUUUAAAGGCGCAUAUAUCUACAUGUAAUUUUUUCUAAAACUGCAUUGUUACUGCACCACAAAUAGACAGUUCUGAUAGGGGAAAUGCCAGUUAAGCUGUGGUGGAAUAUACUCUGAAAGAAACGAUCUUCCUUUCUCAAACCAUUUGUAAGCGCAAGCCAAUGCUUUACAAACCAUUAAACUUUUUCAGCCUGGAGUUUUGCUUUCUGUUAUUUCAAACUAGCAACCAGCCUAGGAGAUUUUUAAUGAACUGUGUGUACAUUAAAAAUAAAUAUUGCAGUCCAGUAAAGAACAAAAAUGGCCUCUUCUAAAAACGUAAUGUUCAUUUUAUAUCUGUAGUGUAGAUUGAUAACAUUACACAUUGUUUAUUGUGAACAUUAUUGUUGCUUGUGUCUAAACAUUUAAUAUUUAAUAUGUAAUGUUGAAAUAUAUCUAUUUCUUGUAGGAACUACCCAGCUGAAAAACAUGUUGUUAAAAGAGGUGGAUACAAUAUUUGAAUGCAAAACCUGUCGCAGCCUCUUCAGAGGUCUCCCAAAUCUAAUAACUCACAAGCAGUUCUACUGCUUAACGAAAGGUCGGAUCGAUGAGAGUAAGUUUUUAAGAACAGACUACUUUCUUGCUUCUGUGUUUUAUGUACUGUGUGAUGCACAAUGAUUUAUUUAUUUUUUUGCUGUAGUACUACACCCUUCUGUUUAUUUGCUACUUUUAGAACACAACCAGGUUUGAAAUCAUGCAAAUUUAUCUAGUCUACAAAUGCUAAUUUUGUUCUUUAGCUUAAAUAAAGAAAAAUUAAAGUUCAGUGAGAAAAAUACAGGUUGAAUGCUUUCUGCAGCUUCAUCUAGCCCGGGCCAAAAUCUCUUUAUAUCAUUGUUUCUUAUUUAUCCUCUGUCUUACUAAUGCAGUUUGGAUUAUUUUCAAUGUCUUAAGAUGGUUUUUGUUUGUUUUCAGAUCCCAUCUAUGAGGGCAAUAAACAGACAGAGUCCAUGAGAAACCUCUUGGAUACAAUUUAUCCAAAAGAGCAACCUGAAUAUGUAAUAAAUCUGGAGCCUAUUCAGUCCAAUCGUAAUGCAGUCUUCCAGUUUGUUACCCCAGCUGGGGAAACCAGAGCUUCUAGGAACAACACAUCUGAGGUAGUGGAUGUUCAAACUGAACCGUCUGGGUCUGUUCCGAAGUCUGACUGUACAACAGCAAAAGAGUUUGAAGAAUCCACUUCUACAGAAAGUGUUAAAAUAGAUGAUUUAUUCACUACUCCAGCUGAAGCCAAAAGUCAGUUGUCUGACUUGAUGACACAACCUGUGGCAUCUGGUGGCGAGAAUCCAUUUUCAUGUCGCAUUUGCAAGAAAAACUUUCACUGCAGAAGAAGCAUUCGUCGGCACAUUAAAAAAGUACACAAGAAAAAAUUGGAGGAUAUAAAGAAAUUCAUUGAGAUACAAAGUAUACCUACGGACUCUUCUGCACAAAGUCACAUGAGACUGGUUCAUAUGACCGUUGGCAAAAGCUGUCCAAUGUGCAAUAAAUCUUUUGCAACAAAAGCCAAUGUACGAAGGCACAUUGAUGAAGUUCACAAAGGACUGAAACGAGAUUCAAUAACUCCCGAAACACCUGCAAAAUCUAUUAAAAAUAUAUCCAUGAGUACUGCAUCUCCUAAAAAAUCGGUAAAGUCUAUACCGCGUACCCCUAAAUCUGUAAAUUCAGACUUCAGUCUAAGUUCUUGCAAAUGUCCAUAUUGCAAGAGACGAUAUACAUCUCAAUACCUGCUGAGAAAACAUGUACAAAUUGUCCAUAAAACAGCUGUUUGUACAGCAGAUUCCAAGCAAGAUCAUGCUACUAAAACAAAUGGCAAAGUCAAAUUUGAAAACUCAAACUCUGUAGACUCUUCAUCUUCUGGUUCUCCGCAGAGUGAAUUAAAAGGGACGACGAGUGCAAAUGAGAAAAAGAGCAACCAUGCUACUCAGAAGAACAAAGCUAAAAGUGAAACGGGUUCUCCCAAAAGUAGCUCACCUAUAGCAGGGGUGAAGAAAUGUAUGAAGAAGCCAAAGUUUUCAGCUGGCUUCGACUUCAAACAACUGUAUUGUAAACUGUGUAAACGUCAGUUCACAUCCAAGCAGAAUCUAGCAAAGCACAUAGAGCUGCACACGGAUGGAAGUAGCAUCUACGUGAAGUUCUAUAGGUGCCCUCUAUGCUCCUAUGAGACGCGCCGCAAGCGGGAUGUCAUACGACAUAUUACAGUGGUGCACAAAAGGACACAAAGAGCUCUGGUAAAAAUUACUGCAAACUUGGAAAGCCGGGCAAUAAAAAAGCCCAUCGAGUCCAUUCUGGAAAAGGUGGGCAAAAGAAACCCACAAAAAGACAAGAUGAAACGUUCUAAUUUGAAACUAGAUGGAGCCUCUGUUUCUCAGAGUAAGAAAUGGGAGGGAGGAGAUACCAGCAUUGAAGUCAAAGUGACCAAAAACUUCUCUUUACUUAAAUGUAAUAAGUGCGGCAAAGCAUUUGCCAAAAAAACUGAUUUGGAUCAGCAUAAAAAAAAUCAUAAAGCCAAUCCAAACAAUACUGCCGUUGACUCAAAAAGCAAAGGAAGAAGUACACGUUCUAAAACUACUGUGUAAAUGGUAUUCUUGUCCCAGUGCUGAAAUGUUUUUGAGUGAACAGUGCAGGGUUUUUAUUUGCUAAAAUCCAAUUUUAACACGUUAAAUUAGUUGUAAAAAUCAGGCUAAAAUAGCCAAGCUGUGACUGGAGCAGAGGUGUUUUGUUAAUUUCCCCCCGCCCCAGGUGUGUGUGUGUGUGUGUAUAUGUAUAUAUAAAUUUAUUUUUUUUAAUUUUUUUUUUUAACUUUGUUUUUUGUUUGAAGUUUUGUGAGUAAUCCUGCAGAUGUUUUCUUUCUUAGCUCUGUGUUCUUCGAAAUCCUGGGGUAAAUGCUGCUAAAGUAAGCAGUGUGGGAUCUGGAUAAGUUAAUUUCUUUCAGUAUUGUGUAAGAUUUUUAGAAGGAAAUUAUGGCUUACUUGCCCCAUGCAGCCUUGAGUUGGACAUAAAAGGAUUCCACUGCAUUGCCAAGUUGGGUCCAUUUAUAAACUCCCCUUUGAAAGACUAUAAGAUAUAAAUGUGACACUUCUUGAAUGUUCCAAGCGCUACUCACCAGUGGUGAAUAAUGACUUGUGUUUUACUAUGCGGGAGAAAACAAAAAUCUGUUUUUGUCAGAAUAACUUGAUAUCAGAGUUAUCUUAUAGGAUGUAACUUAAUGUUGAUGUAAAAAUAGAAUUUUAUUUUAGAUUUUGCUGUGAAGCAAUGAAAAUAAUUCAUGGCACGAUGAUGGAUCAGAUUUGAUUUGAAGUUUGCUGAGACAUUUUACAUUUAUCUAACCGUUUUAGAAAUUCCAUUAGUUGAUUUCAUUUUUGUUUUUCUCUCGUUCCUUCAAAUGAAUUUCAACAGAGUGCUUUAUUCCUGUUUUGGGAGGGCACGUAAAGGUCUGUGCACCUUUCCUCUUGUUGCUUGAGGAUCUUAUUUUGAUCUGAUUUGAGGAUUUGUAUUUUUUUUUUUCUCUCCUUUUGGGGGGCGUGGGUGUUCUUGUUCCUUUUUAAUUGCAAAUAAAUGGGGUGGUUCCACAAGGAAACUUGAAAAAGGGAAAGCAGCUCAGGAAAUGUGCGCGAACAGAAUUCAUAACAAAAUUGAGUAAUUUUGUCCUUUUUGCCUCUGUAGCACAAACUUACACUGAAUAGAACCUCAAUAUAUAGGCAGUCUUUGAAACUAUUUUACUGUAAUAAAAAGUCAAUGGGACUACAUUAAGUACACUAUUUAAUCAAAAUCUGCAUUAGUGUGUGUGCUUGAUGUGGUUAAUUUGUGUAUUUGUUACUCUGGUCAGCUUGGUCAGGGGACAAUGAAGUUAUUAAACUUUUUCUCUUAACACCCUUGCUUACUAAUAAACAGUAAAAUCUUAAACAAGUAAGCACAUCUUAAUUUUUAAGUAUCCUGCUAUUAAUGAUUUUUUUUUUUUCCCCUCCUCAGACUUUCUGUUUACAGGACACCUCUAAACAACCUAACAGUAUGUGUUUAGUACCAUCCAGUUUUAAUGUUACAUUUUGCACAUUUUCAUUGUGUAAGAAUGCCAAAUCAAUACAUACAAAUUAGCCCAAUAUCUUGUUUUAUCUUUCUUUUCAUAAAGAUAAACUAGAGGCAAUAUACAAGUUGCAAUGCAAAUAUUACAUUGUCUUUUGUAACUUCCAAUUUAAAUUGGGGACUAUUUAUGGUGUUUUCAUGACCUUUUGUUUUUUAAAUAAAACACUUGCUUGAAGAAUCUAUAUAUUCUUGAUUUAGUUUGUUUAACCAUUUCAUUUCUGAAUCUGUUUUUCUCUCAAUAUGCAUAAUUUCAAGUGUUUGUUUAAAAUGGUUAUCUACCUCAAAUUUGUCAAUUGGAAUUUUAAGUUUUAUCAGGACUACUGAUGUCAAAUUAUUUACCAUUGUGGUAUUGUUUAAUUUGUCCACUUUAAACAUUUUAAGGUUGUUUAAAAAAAAAAAAAAAAAGUGUUUGGUUUUAUCCUGUUCUACAAGUAAAGGCUAAUCUAGCAUCUGUUGCCAAAUCUCAUUUUAAAUGGGAAGUUCUAGCGACAAAAUCUAUUAGGUUUUAUUUUUAAGUUGGGGUAGCUUUAAAGAGACACUCUGGGCACCAAGAUAACGUGUAAACAUUUUAUAGGUGUUGGCCUGCUUGCAUUUUUAAUUUUGUGCACUAGUUAUACAAAACCAAUCAAAGUUGACCUCUUUUUACGGAGGAAUGUGUGUAACAAGGUGCUUUACAAAGUGCAAGUGAUUUUCAGGCUGCUCUAUACACUUGUGUGGAAAUAUCCUCUAUCCCACUUGACAAAAUCGUAGAUUUAAAUACGGUGUAAGUAACAGAGGCCUACACCUAUAAGUGGAGCGCUCAAACUUAUAUAUUGCUUACCAAGCGUUGUUUCAUAUCAUGGUACAUGUAAAAGAAUCCAGAAGAAUACAAUAUAGUGCAGAUGGUAUAUACAAAGUGACAGUGCAAUAAUAGUAGUGUAAUCUUAAUGGCUGGUACACUCACAUUCCAAGGAGCCUGUAUUUGGAAACACUGGCUCCGUAUAUAAGCUUGUGUGCUUAUAAUGGUAGCACCACCCUUCUACUUCGGUGUGGAGUAAUUCUCAAAAAUAAAAACAGAGGGAAAGCGUACCAAUGUGUAGAUAUUGUUCAUGAAAGCACACACUUGAGCGCUCCACUUAUAGGUGUAGGUCUCUGUUACUUACACCGUAUUUAAAUCAGUUAUACAAAACAUUUGCAGCACUAAGCGUCUUGUCCUGGUAUUGUUUGUCCCACUUCUCCAAUAUUUACUUUCUCUUUGGUUUAAAUACGUCCUGUGCUGCUCCCUUUUGUGCAUCAUACUCAGUACAAUGCUGCUAGCCAUGCAUUGCAGGACUUGGCUCAUGAGAGCCAAGGUAAGAUCUUGCUUAGGAGCUUUUGGCUGAGCGUAGAUGUGGAACAACGCUUAGUGGAUCCAAGGUAAGUAGUCGAUCUGUUACUAAACGGCUGCACUCCUUAUUUUGGAUUCAUGGGGGGGGAAAAAAUGCAAAACCGCAUGUGGAUGUCUGGAGUGCUUAAAGGACCACUAUAGUGCCCUCCAGCGCCGGCCUCUCCACCUCUGGGGAACUCUCCUCCCUCUGCGGAUGUCAGCGCCGCAUGAGCCGCGCGUGCAUUCACACAGUCCAUAGGAAACCAUUUCUCAAUGCUUUCCUAUGGACGUCCAGCGUCUUCUCACUGAUUUUCACAGGGAGAAGCGCAGAAGCGCCUCUAGCGGCUGUCAGUGAGAGCCACUAGAGGCUGGAUUAACCCUUAGUGAAACAUAGUUUCAGAGAAACUGCUAUGUUUGCAGCUGCAGGGUUAACACUAGAUGAACCUGAGGGAGCAGAGAGCAGCCGCAAACAGAGUACUGCUUCCUGGCAUGCCGCGCACCAUGCUCCUGCAGGCGGCCGCCUCCAAUAUUUCCCAUGACGGCUGCUGUCAAAGCUCCCUCCCACACUAACUAGAAAGCUGGCAAAUACCAGAUGUCAGGGUGAAAUUUUCUAGUCGCCGUGGCGAUCUGGUGCUUGAUAUUUGUCGAGCCCUACCUUAAAGGGCCACUCCAGACCCCUAAUGCACUUUAGCUUGCUGCAAAGCUUUUAAUGUUUGAAGAGUGUGUCCGCUUCGGUUCAUUUUGCAAAAAGUGCAGAUUUCAAUAGAAAUUGAGACUUUUCUUCAUUAACCUUGGUAACGCCCCCUUGGCUUUCAAGAAGACAACGGGUUCUGCUACUUCCUGGUUUUGUUAGCUCAGUGGGGCUAAACUCAAGAAUCAGCGUUUGCCCAUAAGCACCCGCCUUGCAAACUCUUCAUUGAGCUGCAAUGGAAAGUCUGGACAGCAACAAAAAGUCUUGGUGUGGCUAAAAAGGGAAGGAUUGCAAAGGCAGAACUGCAAUAUUUGCAAACUGUUUAUUAGACAUACCUCCAUGAAAAAAAAUUUGUGUUAAUUUAUUUUCUAAUUGGGGAGUGGAGUGUCCCUUUAACAAUGGUUUUGCAACACUCUAGAAAGUGGUCUUGAUGUGAAAUAUGUAUUUAUACCAUUAACUUUCCACAUGGAUGUGAAACUAUCAAUUGCGAAUUUUAGAAAUAGGUGUCAAGAUUCUGUAAUGGUCAAGUGGGAUGGCUACAUUUUAUAUAUUUUUUAGAACUAAUGAAUUAUUUUAAAUAGAUUUACUAUUGGCUUGUUAAUAUAUUGGCAGUAAUCAGAAAUUGACUAUUAUUUUAAUUUGUUUUUCAUGUAUGUAUUAAGUUUAUUUUCAAUAUAUGAUGAAUCGCAGCCCAGAUAGCAGAGAAGAAGUAGAUCAUUUAAGUGUCUAGUAUGUCUGUCUUUAAUGCCUUGGAAUAUUUUAUUUUUAAGCAGUCUGAAGACGUAAUGCUCAGAAUGCUACAACCCAAAUGCUCAAAACCUCAUAUAUUUUUUUUUUUUUUUCAAACCCAAACAUUUUGUCUUGUAUAAAUAAUUGUUAGUUUGUUUUAUGGCUUCUUAAUCUUGCAGGUAUCGUUUCUAAUCUAAUUUUUAUGCUUACGAAGGAUACAGUAAAACGAAGAAGGUUGUUGUUGAUGUCCUUAUUUUAAAUGUAUGUGCCUAUAUUGAAUAAGUGUUAACUGGAAAUAAAUCAGACUGGAUUUUGGUCUUGGUUUUUAAUGACCUUAUUUUACAACAGAUUCUCUAAAAUCUAGAACAUAUUUAAAUCUGAAUC